CCAACAAGUAUAUUCCAACUAUAGAGAAUGACUUUAAUUGCAAAUUUUCCGCAAAUAACCAUUGCAAUACCAUUUGGUCGUUGAAAGAUUGGUAUAUCGAUGAAACAUCACCUGAAACCAAAGAAUUUAUUACCGAUACAAGAUGGGAAGAUUUUCCGACAAUUUUAAUAUCAAAUUCAUUGAAUGAAUUUCAAGAAAAGAUAGAAUUGGAGAAUUCUUUCAAAUCCACAUUCUCAGUCAGGGCCGACGGAGAGGUAGAAAUAAUUGUGUCAGAAGGCACUAACCCAUAUUCUGCCCCCUGCUAUUAUCUAAAUAUUGGUUAUAGAGAAAUUUAUUUCAAAAAGUACUCGGCUCUCCCAAGAGGUAUUAAGGAUGAUUUUAAAAAUAAUUUUAUCGACAACUAUAAAGCAUACUCAAAUAUUUUGUCUUCUGAUGAAUGGAGAAGUUUUUCUUGGAGUAUGGAUGUAACAACUGGACUUGCGAAGUUGAUUGAUAUUAAUCUCAACCGAACUCUCAUUGAACGUACUCUUACUGAACCAUUGUUCUCCAAGUAUAUGUACAUGCGAAGCGCAAAUUCUAGUCUAUGGAAAAUUUACCAAAACAGUUUUUUGUUCACCAACACUUCACAGAUUUCAAGACUAGGUCCUCAGUUAUUUUUACCCAAUAAGGACCUCUGCCUUUCGAUCUUUGUCAAGACAUGUAAGGACUGUUACAUGAGUUUCUUUUACCUCAACACGACUAGAAAAAUUCUUAAGACAGUUGGUCCAACAAAGAAUGAAGAGUGGAUAGAAGUCAAAUUAAAAGAAGAAAAUACGCAAUACGACAAACUAAAUUUAUUUGUAGAGACACUGAUGAUUUCAAAUUCCUCCAUCUCUAAAUUUUGGGCAAUUGACAAUGUUAGAGUUUGUCAUGAAAGUGAAGUAAAAGUCUCAUAUCUAAAAUUCCAGAAAAUUGAAGAAAAUAUCCAUGAUGGCAAUAUUACUUGCCAAUUAGUUAAAAAUCCUACCUGGAAACCAAAGAAACUUAUUUUUGACAAUUCAACAGAUUUUCCUAAAAUCUCUAUCACGCCUACUACUAAUUCUAUUCGUCUAACUUGGCCCCAAAUAGAAGAAACGGACUCGAUACAUUAUUUUAUCCUUUAUGAGGGUAACGACCGUUGCUUGUCAGAACAUCCCAAUUUACUAAGACUAAAAUCGAAUGGUUUUGUUAGUACGAAAAAUAACCGAAUAAUUUUGACUGAUUUAAUUCCAUAUACUUUUUAUAAUUUAACAAUUUCAAGUAUUCUUCAAGAAAAUGAUAAAAAGUUCUUUGUUGAGACACCAGAAACAGUGGAACCAAGACUGGAAGAACUGCCAUCGAAUAUUAAACUGAAACCCUUGGACACAUCAAUUCAUGUAUCAUGGGAAAGUGUAGAUUGUUCAAAACAAUAUGGCCGACUAGCUUAUACAGUUAUUGUAUUUAAUUCUACUUUAAACUUUUCAAAAGAAAUUGCUAUACAAACUAAUAGUAGCUAUACAAUUACUGAUUUGAUACCAUUUACUCAUUAUAGUCUAACAAUACUGACCGCAAGAAAUGGUAGAUAUUUGUAUAAUAAAAUUCAUACCAACAAUUUUACUCUGAAUUUCAUGACCAUGCCUGGAGUUCCUCCCGCACCAGAAAAUUUAGAAUUAUAUUCAAUGGACAAAAAUAGUGCUUCGUUAAGAUACGAUUUGCCAUCAAACUCUCAUGGUAUAACAAGAGAGGUUCAAGUCAUCAGAUGUAACAGUUUAUCUUUCAAAAAAUGCAAAUCUUCGAUUUCAAUUGUUAAACGUUGCAGUAUGUGGCCUAAAAAGUAUUGUGUGGAUGCACAUUAUUUGAUACCGUUGCAGUCCUAUAACAUUAAAGUUAGCUUGAAGAAUUUAAAUACCCCAUCUUUUGGCAAUGAGGCAAUUGUAGAAGGAAAAGCGGAAGACAGAAUUCCUGGCAAACCUACAAACAUUACAUACAAAUUCGUUGAAUGUCCACUAAAUACUGAAUAUUGUCAUUUAAAUAUUACUUGGCUACAUCCUUACUAUCAGAAUGGCACAAUUACAUCUUUUGAAAUAAUUUUAAAUGGUACAGACAAAAGAAAAGAUGCUGAAAACGAUAAAUACAUUCAUGAGGUCUAUAAUGUUGAAAAUAAAACGUAUUAUUAUGAUUAUACUUACCAGAUCAAAUAUUUGCCAUACAACAGUUAUUACAACCUUUAUUUGAGCUCUGCAAAUUCGGCUUUUAAGAGUGAAUUUGCUGAAAUACAGAUUAAAACAGAUAAUAUUGGGGAUCACAUUGAUCAGAGCCCCAAACUUAUAGCGAAAAGUCACUCAACAUUGUUAUUUAAGAUCCCUCAUUUGGAUAGUAGAUUACAAUUUUUUACAUUGACUGUUGUGGUGCAAGAUUAUGACAAGGCUAGAAAAAUCGAUAAGGAAUUGUUAAAGAAUAAAAAAAUUGCUGAUAAUCUGUGUCAUCUCUAUGGCGAUGCUUGGAUUUCUCAAGUUGUUAAAGUUGAUAGCAGCAAUAAGACUGAAAACGUAAUGAUAGGUAAUGCCGAAAAAGAGCGACUUCAGCCAAACAAAAAGUAUUGCAUAAUUUUUAUAAUCACGAAUCAAUAUAAAGGCUCAGAACACGACGUAGUUUAUUAUGAAAUAUUAAAGAUGAUGGACGCUGAGCCUCAACAGAAAGAAGCUACGUCUGGAAGUGUAUCUAAUCAUUUGUAUAUGUUGUUGUUCAUUCUUCUUGUGAUUCCAGUGGGUUUUUUGCUUUAUAG